AAUGUUCUUUUCUUAGCAAUUCAAUUAUUCAAACAUAUAUAUGUACUAUGUAGCUAUCUCAACUCCGGCGACUCCAAAGGGACAAACUGGUUGCCGGCGGAAUGCGACGUCUCGAUUAGAAAAGGUUGGUUUUGGCACAAAUCACAAGCACCAAAAAAGCUUAGUGAACUACUCGAUAUCUACUAUAAAUCCGUCGGUAGAAAUUGCGUUCUACUAAUCAACGUUCCACCAAACACAACCGGUUUGAUAUCCAAAGGCGACAUACAAAGAUUGAAACAAUUUAGAGAAGCAAUUGACACCAUAUUUUCCUCAAAUUUGGCUCAAAAUUGUUUGGUCAAAGCAAGUAGCCAACGAGGUGGUAAGAAUGGAGGUUUUGAGGCGAAAAAUGUGGUGGACGACGAUCAUUUGUGGACAUAUUGGGCCCCGAGUGAGAAGGAGAAGGGAGAUUAUUGGAUUGAGUUUAAAUCAAGAAGUGAAAAGAUCAAGUUUAAUGUGAUUAGGAUACAAGAAGCUAUUGGACUAGGGCAAAGGGUGAAGAAACACGAAAUUUACGUGGACGGGAUUAGGGUUGCUAAAGGAACUACAAUUGGAUACAAGAGGCUUCAUAGAUUGGAAAAGGGAGUUGUGCAUGGAUAUAGUGUUAUGAUCAAGAUUGUGAAAGCAAAGGGACUUCCUUUGAUCUCUUCUGUUGGCCUACAUUUUGAUCCCUUUUGGAACCCUAAUCAAGGGAUUAAUGGGUCCAUUAAUAAUUAAUUAAUUACCACUUUCUCUACAUUGAUUUGAUCCUUACGGUUUUUAAUGUUUAUGCUCGCACACAAUGUGAAAAAUUCAACAACGUUGUUGUGUUACAACAUCUCAAGUGGAAUAAAGACUCAUCAUGAUUUCUUAGUUUAGAA